AUGGCCUCUCCACCCACAGAACCGUCUUCGCUUGAUUCAGGACUGCCCACCCAAACCACGCCAAUCGAGGAAACCGGGACAACCCAGCCGGAAGGCCCCACCGCCGUGCCGUUUCAAGAAAUUGUCUUGGAAGGAAACGAAAAACCUGAGUCCCGCGAUAAGUUAGCUCGACUCAAUUAUCUUCUGAAGGCUAGUGGCGUCUACAGUAAGAUCAUUGCUGACAAUAUUGAACGCGAACGCGCCUCCCGUGCUGCAGCAUUGAAGAAGCAAGCUGAUCAACUCAAAAAGAAAGAGUCGGAAUCGAAACAGCAAGAAUCACAAUCAGAUCCUACACAACCCAAGCAAGGCGCUUCGCCCGAUCCAAAGACUGCCGAGCGCCGCUCCUCCCGCAGAACAAAAGCUGACUGUCCACCACCCAAACCAAACCCCCCUUCGAGAACUAAGUCUUCCGGAGCACAAACGCGUCGACAAAGGAACGCGGCUGUCGAUGAAAAUCAGGCCGAUACUGAAGCAGAAAUCGAAAAGCUCCUGGAAAACGUUGGACCGGAAGAUCAAGAGUCGACCACCAUCCCUACCGACGAAAAACAUGACCCUCAAUCUGGCCAGCCUGCGCUGAUAACUGGAGCCACGCUGCGAUCAUAUCAGCUCGCUGGGAUGCAUUGGCUGGCGACGCUCUACGAAAAUGGUCUAAAUGGUAUUCUUGCUGACGAGAUGGGCCUCGGAAAAACAUUGCAGACAAUUGCCUUCUUAUGCUACCUGCGCGAACGUGGUGUUUGGGGCCCUUUUCUAAUCGUCUGUCCGCUUAGUACCGUAGCGAAUUGGGUGAAUGAGUUCGAGCGCUUCUGUCCUACCGUUCCUGUCGUCCUAUAUCAUGGUACCAAAGUCGAGCGGGAAGAAUUACGCUCCACUCGCAUGGCUCCGCCACGCGAUGACCCCAAGGCCUGGCUAGGAAAGCACCCAAGCUCGAAGGCCAAGCGUGGUGGGCGUGCGGCCGCGACCACCUGGACUAAACAGAAUACCAAAGAUACGUUUCCUGUCGUUGUUACUUCCUAUGAAAUCGUGAUGAACGACUGUCAAUUUCUGCGACAGUAUGCCUGGUCAUACAUUGUCGUUGAUGAAUCACAUCGACUCAAAAACCUCGAAUGCAAGCUGGUCCAAGAGCUGAAGUCGUAUCAAAGUGCCAACCGAUUGCUCCUGACGGGAACUCCCCUACACAACAAUCUCAAAGAACUGUGGUCUUUGCUCAAUUUCAUCUUGCCCGAAGUUUUCGAUGAUUAUUCAUCAUUUGAGCAGUGGUUUGAUUUGUCUUCAGUCACUGCCGCUUCGGAUUCUGCUGCAGCGUUGUCGACAGCCCAGGCGCAACACAUCGUGACCAGCCUACAUGACAUUCUGAAGCCAUUCUUACUUCGGAGGGUGAAGAGCGAAGUGGAAACAAACCUACCUAAGAAGAAAGAAUAUUUGUUAACCGCACCUCUCACGGCUCAACAAAAGGAACUCUAUGACGCGGUUAUCAGUCGGGACCUUAGGACUUACCUCGUCAAGCAAAAGACUCAGGCUGGACUGGAUUGGGCCACUGAAUUGAAAGGUUGGAAGGUGUGCCGUAUCGAUGGAGUCACUCGCCAAGACUCGCGUCGAGAGCAGAUGAAAGAGUUCAACGAAGCACAGGGCCCUGAUGCGUGUCAUUUGUUUUUACUUUCCACUCGUGCUGGUGGGGUCGGCAUCAACUUGGUAGCCGCAGACACGGUCAUCCUGUUUGAUUCAGACUGGAACCCGCAACAAGAUCUCCAAGCACAAGACCGGGUCCAUCGUAUUGGUCAAACGAAGCCGGUGCUGGUCUUUAGAUUAGUCAGCGGGAACACCAUUGAAUCGAAGAUGUUAGAGAAAGCCAGCCAGAAGCGGAAGCUCGAGACGUUGGUGAUAGGCAACGGUUUUGAUCUGACCCAGAAGGCUGAGGACGAAGAUGCUAAUUCGGACGACGAUAUCCAAAAUAUCCUGUUGGGGAAACAGAGUAAUCGCAAAAAGCAGAAGUCAAUGAAGGAGUUGGCUGAAGCUUUAUUGAAGACCGAUGGCGAAAGAAUCACACUUUGUGAGCAAGGCGAUCAAAUCUUGGGUGACGAUCAACUUGACGCCCUGCUGGACAGAAGUGACGAGGCCAUGGAACGUAAGCUCGGAUGGAAGACGGAAGCCUCGGCCACUGUGGCAACAGGUGUUGAAGUUUAUCAGACCAAAGCAGCUGAAUGA